AGGAGGAGGAGAAGAGGAAAAAGAGAACCUCGGUGAAAAGACAGAAGAGAAAGAGCCGAGUGAGAGAGAUAGAUGAUAGCGUGCAUACGAGAGACUCGGGUAGGUGUGUUUGUGUGUUUGUGUCUGUGUGCGUGUGUGUAUAUAUUUAUAUAAGUAGAAAGCGCAAAGCGGUUGACCGGGUUGACCCGUCGACUGGCCGCGAAUGAACUGCCACCGGAACGCUAGCGAGCGAUGCCCUGGCCUACUGCUAGUGCACACAGCAGCGGAGGCGCGCGCUAGCCUAGAUUGAUACGCGCGCCGCCCAGCAGCAGCAGUAGCAGAGGAGGGCGGAGUUGUUAUUGUUGUUGUUGUUGGUCUUCUCGCGUGUGUAGAUGAUGCCUAUAUAUACAUACAAGUCAAGUCGAGUUUCUCACAUAUCAGCGACACUAGUCUGCUCGCAGCGGAACUAAACGCCUCGAUUCCUGUGUCGAACUGACACACGCCUAUAUUAAACGAUCGAUUUUUGCCAUGAAUUUUCAUCCUCUUUGGCGCACAGCCGUUGGAAUGAUAGCGCCUCGUUUUAUCGCCUAUCCUUGCCAGCUGUGAGCUUUUUUAUCGGUCAAUGAUAAAAUUUUUCACUCAAUUAGUUCGUAAAUUAUUUUAUUUCAAUUCGCGAAAUUAUACAUAAAUAUAUUCUUAUUUCAAUAUACUAAGCAUGUUAUUGAGCCUAGGCAGUACAAGAAGGCUCGUUUUCGCAAUUUUCGCGAUCUAACUGUGCGGCGUCCUUUCUCGAAAUUUCAUUUGCUAUGUUUAUGUCGCUGGACGUUUCCCAACACCGCUAGCGCUUCAUCCUUGAAAAACGAUUGUAGCAAUUUCGAGGAAUCAACGCGAUUGUUUUAAACGACAAUUGAAAAGAAUGGAUUGCACCUUGGUUAAAUUGCGUGGCUUUUUUGUUAAAUAGAAAAGCUUGACGAAAAAUUGAAAUUGUAAUUUCAUAAAACUCCCUCGAAUAUUUAUGCAUGUUUCGAUUUUUGAAUUGCGACACCUGCGCGCGCUGACAAGCUAGCAGAAGACGCCGACAAAAAAGCAUGGCACAUUCGUUGCAACUGUCGACACUGCAACAGAAUAAAAGCUGUCAAUCUAAAAAACACAUCUCGCAAUUGUAAAUGUAAAAUUGCAAAUACUCCAUUCAACAUGUCGAUGACUUCAAAAACUUUUCUCGCCUUGUGCACUGGCAUCUCUGGUGGAAUAAUUAUUUAUGUACAUUACAAGCAAGAAUCCGACCGAGAAAACCUUCAUCUGGGGGUCAUAAAAGAUCUCGAGCGACAGCGAAGAAGGAAGAUUGAAAAUAUUUACAUACUGGAGCAGCAGUCGGAGCUCACUAAGCAGCUAAGAAAAGAAGGUCGGAAUCCCGACGAAGGAAAAAUAUAGCUUCACGGAAAAGAUUUGCGUGCAUUUGGUCAAAGUUAAUAAUAAACUGUACAUAGCACUUAGAUUGUAAAUAAAAACUUUGCUUAAUUUGAAAA